AUGAGUUCUGCGCCAAACAGCUCCCAUAUGCCAUGUAUAAUUAAUAACAAUAUGGAAGCUUUUACUUAUUUUUAUUACUUAAUCUUUCUGAUUGGUAUUAUUGGGAGUUGCAUCGCACUUUGGGCAUUCAUAAGCCAAAGGAAAGCCAGAAAAUGCCUCAACAUCUACUUAAUUAAUUUACUGACUGCCGAUUUUCUACUGAGUCUGGCUCUGCCUUUCAAAAUAAUUGUUGACUUGGGUGUUGCUCCAUGGGGUUUGAAGAUCUUCCACUGUCAGGUUACAGCAUGCCUCAUCUAUGUUAACAUGUAUUCAUCGAUUAUUUUCCUGGGCUUUGUGAGCAUAGAUCGAUACAUUCAGCUCUCAGGAAACACAAGGUUCCAGCGAAUUCAAGAACCAGGUUUUGCCAAAAUGAUGUCUCUGGUGAUUUGGGGGAUGGUCCUGCUGCUGAUGGUGCCUAAUAUGGCAAUCCCCAUCAAAAGAAUAAACCCAAAACCUCUUCUGAAGUGCGCAGAGAUCAAAAUUACGCUGGGAUUGCACUGGCAUGUCCUCACCAAUUUUAUCUGCAUUGCAAUAUUCAUGAACGUUUCAGUGAUGAUACUGACAUCCAACUUCCUUGUGGUGAAGAAACUGUAUAAAAACAGGGACAGAGAAAUGCAGAAAGAUGUACAGCAAACUCUGAGGCAUGUUUUCAUACUGACCAGCAUCUACAUCAUUUGUUUUGUCCCAUAUCAUAUUGUCCGGACUCCAUACACUCUCAGUCAGUACAAACCAGCAGGAGACUGCUCUGUGCAACGAUCCUGGUUUCUCGCAAAGGAAUCCACCUUCCUCCUGGCUGUCCUCAAUCUCUGUUUUGACCCCAUUUUGUAUUUCUACCUCUGCAAAUCAUUUCGGUCAAAAAUUACUGAAACAUUUGGAUUGACCAAGGAGUCCAGGCACACGAAAAGACAGCAUGAAGAGGCAGCAAAUGAGACCAACUUAACACUGUGCAAUUAAGAUGGAUAGUCUCCGGUCAAUUCUCCUGCCCUUUUGCCCCCUAAACUGUACAAAGAAAAAAAAAUAUUAAAAUUAAUGGCACAGAUUUUGAGCUUUUCGAAGACUGUUUGAAACUUUUGCUGUGAUGCCACAGUUUCCUUGACAAAUAAACCAUGUGAAGAAGAAAAAAAAACAAACAUUCACAACAUUUUUACUUUGGGGUUUUAAAACUUGGACCAAAGCACAAAUUCUCUAAGUCUACAACACAAGGUAAACAAAUUCAAGAAAACUAGUUUGACAAAAAAAAAUACUCAAUGUUAAAAGUGAAAUUGAGACAACGGAUAGAUUAAUAUAAUGCUUGUCACCUUUGAGAAAGAUUAAUUCAUGCAAUGUGUACAAAAGCGUGGACUUAUAUUAUUCACGUUUAAGUGUUAUAUCUUAUAUAUUGUAUUUAAUUAAACUUGAGUUUAAUUAAA